UGUAAUCCAAUAUGUGUCUAAUAAUAAAUAGAAGAUGUAGGAGGGAAAUGUAACCAUUCAGAAUCCUUCCUGGCAGACCUGAUGAAGAAUCUCGUGGUGUGAGAGGACUGGAGCAUGUUUGUUAUAAAGACAAAUCUUCUCCACUAUUCCAUGCAUUCCGCUUUCUUGUUUCUGUAUGUGGUCAUCAUGUUAACGAGUCAGAUAAAGUGUAACGUCAGGCCUACAUUUGGAUGCAGUUACGAAGGUGUAGCAGAAGUGACAACGUUUGCAGUGGAGUUGCGCAAGAUGGAAACACAUGGCUGCAUGCUGUACACACCAACUCUAGCAGAUUUUGAGCAGAACUGCUCAAAGUCUACACUUACAUGUUUUAAAUUGGAAGUGGAAGUUUUAAUGGUUGAAAUCCAGUUUGAGGCCAGGUUUUCUCACCUACGAAGAAUACUCAAUAAACUGACCACAACGUUAAAGGACAAAAGAAACUCAUGUCCAGUUUGUGAGGUCUACGGAGAAGAAAGCCCAGAGACUUUUUUGAAAACCCUACAAAGUGUUUUCCAAAGGAUGAAUGCCAAAAACUGUUGACGUGACAAAGCUAUAACAACCAGCACCUCUCUCAAUCUUUGAAGAACCAAGUGAAACAACAGCAAGAUACACUAGAUUCAUAUACACUAGUAUAGAUUCUUCACUCAUGCAUUCCGCCUCGUUUUUUGUAUACAUAGUGCUCAUAUUUGCAAGAGAGAUUGAUUAUCAGGGUUUAUAGAUAGAACAAGUAACAAUAUAGGCUAUUAAAAAAAUGCAUAUUAUUUGAAACUGUCUGUUUUGAACUAACUACCUCAAAGUCCAUGAACACAUACAUUGUUGUUAAUCAUCUGUUGUUCAUUGUAAUAUUUUUCUUUAAAUUCACCAACCUUUUAUACACAUGAACUUUACACUGUUGUUCUCUCUUUCUACAAUAGCCAAAGCAGGCUUUGCUUUUUUAUUCUCAUGUGCAUAUACAUUCUUUAUUGUCUGACAGUGCUUCA